ACCAGGCGGGAGGGAUUCCCCUGCUCCGGCCCUCCAACCACCGCGUCCAGCCCCGGCCUGGAGUCUCCAAAAGUGUGGCGGAACUUUAACCCGGGAGACUAUUUCCAAAGAAAGAAGCAGAAGAGCUUUCUGACUUGAUGAGGCAGCCUCCAAAUGACGUCGAGAUGGCGUUAGGCGGAACACUCCUGCCGUCCAUAUCCACGUUCGCCAGCGGCCCGGUCGACAAGAGCAGAAGCAUCGGAAGCGCCUACAUUAAAUGGAAGGAGGAGCUGUUCCAUCUUAAGAGAUCCAGUGUUCCUGCAGGAAGUAGCUGCCCCGACCUGGACCUCCCCACCGCCACCAGCGCAGCCAGCACCAGCAUGUCCAAGAAAGACCCAGAACCUGAUCUGGACCUAGACUAUGACUUUAUCCUGUCCAACUCCAUCCUCCAGCAACAGCAGCAGCAACAACAGCAGGAGGACGGCGGGAUGACGUGCGCCUCUGCCCGGGCCCUGUCUCCUUCCCCCGGCUCUUUCUCCUCGUCUUACCAGCUCCCCUCCCCUCAGGACACCACGAGCGAGCUGUUGUACACCAUCCCGGACAUCAGCGACGUUUCUCCCUCCGGAGGGUUUGUGGCUGAGCUCAUGAGACCCGAGCUGGACCCUGCGUACCUCCACCCCACCGGAGUCCACGGCAAGUUUGUUGUCAAGGCGGCGAUGGAAGCGGGGGAGUACGGCAAGGCCUGCGCCAACGCCGGGUCGGACUCGCGAGUGUCUCCGUCUUUCCCCUGCCACAGGAUAAAGCAGGAGAACCCUAGUAACUGCACUAUCUCCCAGUCCGUGGAUCUCCACCUGGGCCGAGGAGGCCAGCAGCGACCCGGACACUUGGAUAUACACGGGUUCCCCAGCGGGGGGCGUCCCGUCAAUGCCAGCAGGCUAUCCUCGACCUCCUCUCUUUCGCCAGACCUUCCUCUUGGUCGGGAGCACCAGCUUGGGCAUCCCCUCACCCAGAUGCCCCUAGCUGCGCAGGGAUACCACCACGGCUCCCCGCAGGGAUACCCCUCUUACCCUCAGACGUCCGCCAUGCAGUACCCAGAGGCGCUCCUGAUCUCCAGCGGGGACUGCCUUCCGGAGGAGCCCAAGCCCAAGCGCGGCCGGCGCUCGUGGCCGAGGAAGAGGGUGGCGACGCACACCUGCGACUACGUGGGCUGCGGGAAAACCUACACCAAGAGCUCCCACCUGAAGGCACAUCACCGCACGCACACAGGGGAGAAGCCGUACCACUGCGACUGGGAGGGCUGCGGCUGGAAGUUUGCACGUUCCGACGAGCUCACCCGCCACUACAGGAAGCACACGGGUCACCGGCCGUUCCAGUGUCAGAAAUGCGACCGGGCCUUCUCCAGGUCGGACCACCUGGCUCUCCACAUGAAGAGGCACUUAUGAGACCCGGGUCAGGGACCAGAAACGACGACCAAAGCCAGAGGCUCCAGGACGGGAAAAACAUCCAAAUAUACACACAUGUAUUCAUGGAAAGCCGAACAAACUGAUCUUUUAUUUUAUUUUAAUUCUUGCCUUCGAACUGGAGUCAAGCAACAAGACAAGCUGUGGUGUUUCAUGGCAGAAAAAAGAGCAUUACUCCUUUAAGAAAAAAAAAACGCCUUCAAAAACUGUGACUCGACGAGGCCUUUCAGCCGGGGUUGUACUUUUUUUUUUUUUAUACGACAGGGACCAAACUGGAAUUUUUGUCUUAUUUAACCGACAAAGCUUGGAUGGACCAGGUGCCGACCGCUUUCAAACUGGAAAACAUCAGGGAAACCAAACAUCUCCAGAGGCCUUCGACCAGCAGCCGCGCCGUCACAGCAGACACCCUCCAAAAUAAAAAAAAUUAAAAAAAUCCCCCUCGCCGUAUUUAUACUCACCUGCAACGCCAUGGAUUUCAGGUACACCCGCCUACACAGAAUGGUGCUCAAGGAUUAUUUUUCUAAACAAAAAAGGUACCAAAGAUCAAGAAACGAAAGGAAGUGACAACAUUUUUUUAAAAGUGCCAUAACAGUCCUCAAUUGACUUCAGGUGAUUUAAUUCUUUUUUUUUCUUUUAUUUUGAAAACGGUGAUGGCAAUCUUCAGUGCACUGCAGCUGCAAAGUGCAAUAAUUUAUAUGAGACUUUCAUAUUUUUGUAUUUGAGUAACUCAGAACAAAAAAAAACUGUUUAUAACUGAUAUAUGUAAUAUAAUCUCAAGACUUUUGUACAUUUUGUAAAUAUGAAAUGCUUUGUUAUUGUUUUGUAUUUUAUGGUAUAAUAAAAUAAAAUGUAUUUGAAGUAA